AUGUCUCUCGGUCUUCCUGUCGGAGCCGUUAUGAACUGUGCUGAUAACUCAGGUGCCAAGAACCUCUACGUUAUCUCAGUUGUCGGUUUCGGUGCCAGACUUAACAGACUUCCUGCUGCCGCUGCUGGUGAUAUGGUUAUGGCUUCAGUUAAGAAGGGAAAGCCUGAACUCAGAAAGAAGGUCAUGCCCGCCGUUAUCUGCCGACAACGAAAACCAUGGAGAAGAAGGGAUGGUAUCUUCCUUUACUUCGAGGAUAACGCCGGUGUCAUCGUUAACGCUAAAGGUGAAAUGAAGGGAAGUGCCAUCAACGGUCCUGUAGCCAAGGAAUGUGCCGACUUGUGGCCCCGUAUCGCCUCUAACGCCGGUACCGUCGUAUAA